CCUCAGCCGAGUGACUGCCUGGUGACUCUGACCCUGCUGCUUUGCCUGCUGACACAGGUGAGUCUGGCCUUCGCUUUCCAAGCGUCAGGGAGGGAAAAAGAUCUGGCAUCAGGAGCGUCAUGAAUGAGGAGUCUCACCUACUGCGCAGGCUCCUUCCUCAUUUGUGGUUCAAUAUCUGUGCAUCCUCUUGUCACAAUGAUGAAUCAAUCCCACUUUCGAUUCAUUUCCCUGAACAAACCAUGUGUUUUCAUGUGUCGACGUUGGGAACCAAAGCUCUGACGCUGUGUUGUUACCGCUGUAGAGGAGGCUGCUUCACUGUAGCACUGUCAAGUCAAGCUGGAUCAGCAAGAGUCAAGUCAUCCAGUUGUGAAAGAUAGCGUUGGUCACAGAACUGAACCAUAAAUGUCCUGUCACAUUCGCAGAGCUCAGUAGGAGGCGCUGUUUCAUUAAAAUGCUGGUUCAAAUCCAAACAUUUUGAGAAGCAAGAGCGCCAUCCGGCGGGCUCUGAAGAUGAAGAAAGUGUUUCAUGAAGCUUCACCACCACCACCUCCAUGGAGACAACAACGGAUAUUUAAAAACUCUGGUUUGUUUGUCCGGGCAGGUGUUUUGCCAGCUGUGUGACCGGACCUGCCUCUGUCCCAGUCUGCCCCCCCAGUGUCCGCCAGGGGUCGCUGUGGUGCCGGACGGCUGCCGCUGCUGUCAGGUCUGCGCGCGGCAGCUGGGAGAGCCUUGCAGCGAGAUGUUACCCUGCGACCGCUGGAAGGGCCUGACGUGCGACUACAGCGCCACCUUUCCUGGGGAGCCCGGCCAAUGUGUCGAGGAGCAGGACUCCAGCUGCCGACUGAACGGCUUGGUUUACCAGGACGGCGAGUCCUUCCAGCCCAGCUGCGACCGAUCCUGCCACUGCAGAGGAGGAGGCAUCACCUGCGUGCCGGCGUGUCCGCUCAACAUCCGCUUCCCCACCGCCGACUGUCCGCACCCGCGGCACGUCCGGCUGCCCGGGAAGUGCUGCAGGGAGUGGGUGUGUGAAGACCUGCAGAACACAGUCAUCCAGGACGCCAUCGCAGCCUCAGGAGCCAAUGCUCUGUUCCCACCUGUUCCGAGGUCCGUCCCGCCAAACGGCCUGGCGCCGGCGUCCGACUGUGUGAUGCAGAGCACCGCGUGGAGCGCUUGCUCGCAGAGCUGCGGCGCGGGGGUCUCCACCAGGGUCUCCAAUCUGAACCCAGGCUGCAGGCUGCAGAUGGAGACCCGGCUCUGUAAGGUCAGACCGUGCGGGUCCGCGCCUGCCACACCGUGGCCUCAGCAUGCCGGGUGCACAGCCAGCUACACCUCGCCGGGUCCGAUACGUCUGGUGCACCAGGGCUGCUACAGCGCUCAAGCCUACCAGCUCCGCUACUGCGGCCAAUGCGCGGACGCCCGCUGCUGCACGCCGCACUGGACCACCACCGCACACGUGACCUUCAAGUGCCCGAGCGGGACACACGUGAGGCGCGCCGUGAUGAUGAUCCACUCCUGCGUCUGCCACAACAAGUGUCCGUACACGCCGUACAGGAACCCCGCGUUCCAUGGCCUCAGGCCUUGAACAUCCAGGACUGUGACUGAGCCAGGAUGGACUUUCUGCACUGAGCUUCACAGCUUCUCGGGACAAUGGAGCUUCACCAAACCGUCGCAACAUUCUUCUUGUUUUGGGGUUCGAUGACGUGGCACUUAAU